AUGGCAGCGACCGAGUGCCCGAUCUGCUCGCGCCAUGUGCGCCAGGAGAACCUCAUGCUGCACGUAGAGGCCUGUCUGGCCAAGCAGGAGCAGCCCAAGACACCGCUGUUCCGCUCGCCGUCCCCGUCGGCCAAGUCCAAGUCGCCAGUGAGCUUUAGAACGCCCAAUCGGAGCCCGUCAAGUUUACCCCCGAGUCAGAAUAAUGGGUCGCCGUCGCCUGCUGCUCAAAAGAAGCGCAAACGCUCGGCACCAGAGGACGUUUCCGGUGUGCCAUUGGCAGAGCGGAUGAGACCCAAAGAUAUGGAUGAUCUCGUGGGUCAGGAGGAGCUUUUGGGACCUGGGAAGCUGCUGGCCACGCUGAUCCAAGCUGACCGAGUGCCUAAUAUGAUUCUUUGGGGACCUCCAGGAUGCGGUAAGACGACGCUGGCCCACGUGAUAUCCAAGAAGACGGGCUGCAAGUUCAUCAGCCUGUCGGGGGCGACGUCCAAAGCGGGGGACAUGAAGGACGCGGUGGACAGAGCCCGAGGGGAGCGCAAGAUGUUUCGUCGCCGAACCAUCGUCUUCGUCGAUGAGAUUCAUCGCUUCAACAAGAGUCAGCAGGAUUUCUUUUUGCCGCCUGUGGAAGACGGCACCAUUACGCUGAUCGGAGCCACGACGGAGAAUCCGUCAUUUGAGGUGAACAACGCACUACUUAGUCGCUGUCGUGUGUACACGCUCAAGAAACACACGCCCGAGUCUAUCGAGAAGAUCCUACACCGCGCUCUGCGGGAUCAUGCCGCAGGCGGCACCGGCUCUGAAGUCAGCAUUGAGGCGGACGAUGCGGCCAUCGAGUACCUGGCGAAACAGUGUGCAGGCGACGCCCGAGUCGCGCUCAACUGUCUGGAGAUGGCACUUCAAACUGCUCCCAUGGACAGUGAGAAGCGUGUUCUGCGGGUGUCCGCUACGCACGUCCAGCACUGUUUCGCACACCGACAAACGCUGUUCUAUGAUCGCAACGCGGACAUGCACUACGACUGCAUCAGUGCGCUGCACAAGUCCGUACGUGGCAGCGACGAGAAUGCUACGCUUUACUGGCUCGCGCGUAUGCUCGAAGGUGGCGAGAACCCGCUGUACGUGGCCCGACGACUCAUUCGAAUCGCAAGUGAAGAUGUCGGCCUUGCUGCGCCUGAAUUGCUCCCCAUGGCCGUGUCGGCAUAUCAAGCAGCGCACUUUGUUGGCAUGCCGGAGUGCGAUGUCGUGCUUGCUCACGUCGCCACCAUGUUGGCUCGUGCGCCGAAGUCCAUCGAGGUGUAUGCGGCUUACAAGCGGGCGAAACAGUCGAUCAAGGAGUGGGAUGGUGGCGCGUUACCGGACGUUCCGAUGCACUUGAGAAACGCUCCCACGAAGCUGAUGAAGGAGCUGGGAUAUGGGAAGGAGUACAAGUACAACCCGCACUUUACGGCCGAAGAGCUCAAAGAUCAGACUUAUCUACCGGACGAGCUGGUUGGAACCAACUUUUUCGCGGAAUCAGAGACAGAUCGCGACGCUGGAUGCUGA